AGCCUCUCUGGCUCUCCACAUACCACCUUAUAUAUAUAUAACAGUAACACAAGCAGUAUCUCAAAUUGAUCAUCAAUGGCUUCCUUCAUAACUUUCAGUCUGUUCAACCUCUACCUAGCUCUCAUUUUUGCCGCCUUGGUCACUGCUAAUGCGACUUUCUCUGAGCAUUUCGCCAAAACAAAACUGACACCAACCGCCAGAAAAAUGACUCGACUUCAUUUCUACUUCCACGACAUCACCAGUGGCAAAAGCCCAACUGCUAUGGCUAUAAUCCGGCCUAAAACUGCAUUUGGCACAACUGUAAUGAUAGAUGACCCUUUGACCGUGGACACCAAGCCGGGUUCAAAAGUGGUGGGGAAAGCUCAAGGAUUCUAUGCUUUGGCUUCUCAGCAUGACUUGGCCUUACUUAUGGCUAUCAAUUUUGCAUUUACCUAUGGCAAGUACAACGGAAGUACACUUAGUGUUAUGGGGAGGAACCCUGUGCUUGAUGAAGUAAGGGAAAUGCCGGUUGUUGGUGGAAGUGGGGUCUUUAGGUUCGCUCGUGGCUAUGCGUUAGCAAGUACGGUGAGGUAUAGUCUAAAAACUGGAGAUGCUGUAGUUCAGUACAAUGUAACCGUAAUGCAUGCCUGAUACAGUUAAACUCAUGUAUCCCAUAUUAUGACCCUUCAGUUGCAGUUCACAUCAGUUGUACUUUUGAUUGGUAAGUUAAUAAAUUGCUAUAGAUU